AUGAUGGAGGAAGAAUUUAAAAACUAUAAAAUAACUAUUUAAGAAUAAAACUUAGUGACAAGCAUGAUAUCAUAGUUUGAUUAAAAAUUGAUUAAAAUAUAAUAGAAUGAUUAGAAUACUAUAGCUUGUUGCUUUACUGAUGGUAAAGUGGAGAUAUUUGGCAAAGAAAACUGUGAAAAUUUCGAUCUUAAACCAGAUGUAACAGAUGCCGUUACUGAUUUGUUAUGGUUCGAUUAAAAUCACCUUCUUUGUAGUCAAGAUAAAGUUAUUCAUAUUUUUGAUAUAGAGAAGAAAUAAUCAAUAGUUGAGCUUUAGGGCCAUUCAUAGACUAUUUUUUGUGUAUGCAAGAACUUCUACAAUAAUUUAAUAGCAUCUGCUGGAUAAGAUAAUACGAUUAUGAUGUGGGAUAUUAGACAGAAGAAACCUAUCAAUUUAAUUUUGGCUCACUCUCGUAGUAUAACUUCCCUUUAAUUUUCUAAAGAUAGUAUGAAUGUUGUGAGUUGUGGUGCAGAUGGCUUUACGAGAGUUUUCAGUACUCACACAGGGUUGUGCAGAUGCACACUCAAUUCAGACACAACAAGUGUUCCUGCAUUUGUUAAGUUUGCAGACAAUAAUUAGUUUUUACUUGUGGAUACAUUAGCAAAUAAAAUUUAGCUUUGGGAUUGGCACCAAUAAGAACUGAGAUAAGUUUAUACUGGAAUACAAAAUGAUAAAGCUUACUUAGAGAGCUUCAUGAUAAGAGAUAAGUACAGUAACAAGUAAAGAUUUAUUCUAGGAUUUUCUGAGAAUAAUUAAAUCAUAGUCUGGGAUCUCCUAACUGGAAAAAUACUUAAAAAUUAAAAAAUUAAAUCAGAUACCUCAUUAAAAUUAUAUUAAAAAGACGGUUUAUAGUCAAAUGGAUUUUAUUUAUAUGGAAACGAUACCCACGAAAUGUUCUAAUAUUCUAUUGAUAUAUCACUUACCGACUGA